GAAUGAAAUAUGGAGAGGAAUGGGCUCAAAUGUGUUCUUCAGUGGUUAGUGUCCAUGGACUGUCUCUUCAAACACAUCAGAUUCAAUCUUGUCAUAGGAAAUCACUUUUGGCAUGUUUUGUGGUGUGGGGAUGUACAUUUAAUAGAUCCCACUUCCUUGAUUUUUUCUGCAUUGCAGUAGAUAGGAAGACAACUGUUACAGAUUACAUGCAAUGAAUCAAUGGUGUCUUCCACUGGAACUCCAAGGUUUUCAAGGGCAUUAAAAGAUGCUAAUUAACUUGCUAUAUGCUGUGAGAGUUAGUGUGCAAGAUACAUAUAUGAUGGGGUGGUUUUUGUCAAAAUCUCAGACGUUUGAUGUAAUUAUUGGGAUUUGAGAGGAGGUUUAGGCAUCCAUUUUUCCUUCGACCUUGGUUUUGUAUUUGGAGGAUAAAAGUUAUCAUAAAAGGUGUUCUUAUUUUGUUUGGACUGCUGCUCAUAAUAAAAUCUUAGUGACGGACAAUCUCAAAAGAGAAUAUUUGCUUGUCGAAGGCAAGUGUUGAAUCGUUAGGGCCUAACGGUUAGGCUAUGUCUUCUUUCUCAUUGUGAUUUUCCUGGGGAGUUACGAUCAUUGGUUUUCUUUGUUUAGGAUGCCUUGGGUUACACCAGUUAAUUAACACAAUUUUUGUCUGUCAGCUUCUGCACAUGAUAGUGCAUAACAACACACUGCAGCACGUGACAAAUGAGGCUUGGCUGUUAAUAUUGGUUAACGCAGUUAGCAUUCAGUUAGAAUAGAUGGUUUGAGUAGUUAUAAAUAAGUUUUUUUAUGCAUAAGUUACUAAUAGCAGAUCCCUCUUGUAAACCUUCAGUUAAUUGAAUAAAGUGUUUGCCUUUGCAUUCUCUUUUCAUUUGGCUCUUUCUCUUCCUCUCUUUUCUUUCUAUCUUCAUGUAAUGCAGCUUUCUAGACAUGGUAUCAGAGCCAUCAAUGAGUUCAACCAUGGUUGCCAAUUCUUCAUCCUCUAUUAAACUUCCAACUCUAACCAGACCACCAAUCUAGCUCCUCAAGCACCUGUUUGACUCCUCUCCAGCAUGUCAAAUCUCAUGUCUAUCAAGUUAGAUUGCACAAUAACAUACUGUGGGAGAAUCAAAUCACUUUUAUACUCAGCAUAUUCACUACUUGGAUUUGUUGGCACUCUAGCAUGUCCAACUCAAUUCUUGUGAGAAGAUAACAGAUCAAAACCUAUAGAAAAUCCAGAAUACCAAUACUGGAUUACCAAGGACCAAGCAUUGCUCACACUUAUGAACAUAAAUAUCUAUCUCCUUGGGCUCUAUCUCUAGUUGUAGGAAAAACAAGUGCUCAAGGAGUUUGACAGAUCUUGGAAAAGAGAUUUACUUCUGCAUCAUGGAUGUUCUUGAGAUGGAACUUCACAACACCAAAAAGGGCAACAAUACAAUAACUGAAUAUCUGCAGAGGAUCAAAGAAUUCAGAGACAAACUUGCUGCCGUCACGAUUGAAGUGGAUGAUGAAGAAUUGCUCCAUAUCAUACUCAAAGGGCUUCUAAAAGAGUACAAUCCAUUCUGUUCUGCUAUUAGAACCAGGAGUGAUGCUCUUGAAGAUCUAGAAUUACUGCACUCUGAAAAGCAAUCAAUUAAAUACUCUGCAGAGGAUGACAAUGAUCCAAAUUCUAUGGCAAUGCUGGGCUCAACAGGACAUAAACCUGGAAAUUCUUUUGAUGUAAAACAGAAACAAACUUUGGUUGAGGCAGAGGAAGAAAUGACCGAAACUCUCAUCCUCCAAAUUACAACUACAAUUCUCACUCUUCAAACUACAACUAUCCUAGACACAGCAACAACAAUUCACAGGGAAUGAUUCCUCAUCCACAAUAUCAGCAAGCACAAAAUUCAAACUCGGGCCUACAUGCCAGGUAUGUGGAAAGUGAGGACACAGUGCCCUUGACUGUUAUCAUCACAUGGGUUUCUCAUUUUAAGGGAGACAUCCGCCUGAAAUUUGGCUGCAAUGGCCCUACCUUUCUAACUCAACAAACUGAGAGCUGGUUGACAGAUAUAGGAGUGACAGACCACUUGACCUCAAAUCUUUCUAAUCUGUCAUUGCAGCAUUCCUGCACAGGUUCUGAAUUGGUAUCAGUUGGCAAUGGUCAGACCCAUCCAAUUACACAUGUUGGUAAUGGAAAGCUAAGAACUAACCUUUACCACUUCAAAUUAUGUAAUAUUCUCUGUUGUACUCAAAGAUCUCAGGAUGUUCCUUCAUCACAUUCCUACUCAAUGUCUCCGUGUUAGC